GGCUCCGCCUCGGCGUGCCCCGCGCCCGCCGCUCCGCGCCCGCCGCUCCCGGACCCGCGCCACCGCCAAGUACCAGGUCCCGGAGCCCAGGAGCCAUGGGCAGGCACGGCCGGCAGCCGGCACCGCGGGCAGCCCGCCGCUGGCAGCGCUGACGGCAGCAGGACGAUGCGCUGCCGGCCCCGGCGGGCGGGAAGGGCGGCGAGCCGCGGCUGUAAGGCCGGGGCGGCGGGGAGACAUGCCCGGUGAGCCACUCGCUCGCCUCCCGCCCAGCAUCCCCUCUCGGCGGCGGCGCGGGAUGAGGCCACCCGCUGCCCCGGAGAGCUCCGGGGACGGCUGCAGCCCAGGGCUCCGGCCGCCGCUGCUCGGCCCCCCGCGCCCCGCCGCAGCGGUCCCGGGACCCUGAGCCAUGGUCAGCCGGGAGCCCGCGCCCGGCCCGACCGCGGGCGGCGAGGGCAGCCAGGAGAAAGCCAUGACGGUGCGCUCGGUGCUGCUCAACCGCGACUCGCCCGACAUCGAGACCCGCCUCAAGCGCCGGCGCAACCGCACGCAGCAGGUCCGCUUCAAGGACCUGGUGGAGGGCGGCGUGGGGCGGGCGGCCAGCCCCCCCCCGGGCCCCAACACCCUCCGUGCCUCGCCGCCCCCCAGGGACGCCCCUGAGCCGGCGGCUCUCCGUGCCUCCCGCCGCAGCUGGCCCCAGGCGCAGCCGGGCUCGCUGACGCUGCCCAUGCCCCGCAGGGCGUGCAUGAGCACCGCCAUCCAGACAUCCCCCAGCCUCCAGAAGCCCUUCCCGGCCUCCCAGCCCCGCAGCAAGAGCGUCUGCGAUGUGGCCGGGGACACGGUGCUGCCCGCUGCUGCCACCGCCGGCAGUGCCCGGUGCCCAGGUGUCAGCCGGGCCGUGCCCCCGCGGGUGUCCAGCAGCCUCCCUACGCGCGAUCAUGCCACAGUCCUCACUCAGCGUGCCACAGUGUGUCGUGGCCCGCCACCACCACCACCGCCCAGGGAUCCCUGUCCCCCCUAUCCAGGCACGGCUGGGUGCCCUGCUGCCCGCUGCACUUCUGCGGUGCAGAGCUGUGCCCCCGAGCCCUGCCCGCCACUCCCAGCCUGCACCCAGCUCCGUGGGAACCGUGGAGGCAGUCGCGGGACACCCCCUCGCCCGGCCUCCGUGCCCUGCAGUCAGCCCUGGCCAUCCGCUGAGCCGCGGGGGCUCGGACGGAGUGACUCGGAGCGGAGCUUGCUCCGUGGGCAUCCAUCACCCCAGCCCUCACUACGCUGCCAGCAGAGCACCCCUCCCACGGACAUCCAUGGCCUCCGCCAGCCAGCUCAGGGCAACCCCCUGCGGGACCUCCCACCACCCCAGCACCAGCUCUGCCACACGCCAUGGAGGGGGCCUUGCUGCACCUCCCCAGACCCUGUCCUAACAAUGCCAAACUGGCAUGGCUCUGCCACCUCAGCACCAGAGAAGACACCAGCUGCACUCAGCCAUCCGGACCCCCAUGGCAUCUGCAGCCGGCUACACACCACUGAGCCUGGGCACAACCGGGCAGGACCAGAUGGGCCCAGGGAGCUGCUGCCCCCAACGCCACAGCGCCCCAGCAUGGGCACACAGCCAGCUGGGCAGGCACUGGAGGUCCCUCGACAUGGACAGACCUGCCUCACUGCUGAACAGUCAGAGACACUGCGCCACGUCCAGGACCUUCUGCAGCUGGUGGUGGUGACCAAGGGGCCAGUGGGACCACCAGCAGGGGACGAGGACACCCAGACAUCUCAGGGAGAGGGCCCACAGGGGCCUGGGGAGCAGGGGGACCUGCAAUCCCAGCUGCAGUCCCUGGAAGGGGUGCUGGAGACCAGCCAACAAACCAUCCGGGUGCUGCUGGACGUCAUCCAGGACCUGGAGAAGAAGGAAGCCCAACGGGAUGGGCGACACUCCUACCGGACUGGGCAAGACAUUGCCAACUGCGGGACCUGCCGGGACUGUGCCUGCAUCAUCUACAGCGUGGAGCAUGACUUCCGGCAGCAGGAGGGACGCUUCCAGCAGGUGCUGAGCCAUAUCGAGGGUGACACGACCACGAGCUCCCCAGCAGCGGUGGCAAUGGCAGCGCCGGGGGCCAUCUCAUCACCCAGGCAAGAGCCAUCACCGGUGACAAAGCUGCCAGCAAAGCUGGACCCGAAGAAAUCCAGACGCAAAUGCUUCUGGUUCCUGUGAGCCAGCAGACCAGGAGCACAGGGGCACCAACCCAGCACUGACCCCCUGCCCCACGUCUCCCUCCUCUUCUCCCUCCCUCUGAUGGUAGGGUUUGGGUAGCACCAGCUUUUCUACUUUUAGCCGUUCAGUUUGCGGUACCAACACCCCUGUGUACAUACGUCGAGGGGAGCAGUGGCUGUGUUCAGUGAGAGUUCAAUAAAGUCCACGGGGACAAUAUUUUUCUUA